AUGAGCGGAACGAGCUCAUCAAAAGGUGGCUCAGGCUCGUCCGGGUCCAUCUCGGCGUCGUUUCUCGGUCUCAAAGCAGAACUGGAGCGAUCGAAAGCAUCGUCCUCUUCCACCUCUUCGUCAUCGUCGAAACGCAAGUCCUCACAAGCAGAUGACCUGGACUCACGCAAGGCGAAGAAGAAGCUUGCCUCUACAUUUCUCGAUACCAGCUCGAGCAAGAGUUCCAAGCAUCGUGCCGUGCCAAGCAGCAGCGGUGGCGUUGUCAAGGGCAAGAACUCAUCCAAGAAGUCAUCCUCCGCCACCGACAACAGCAGCAAGGAUCCGUCGGCGUCGCAACUCGACCGCAUCCACGCAAACAUGGAACGCAAAGCACGCAUCUACGACCAGCUUCAAGCGGGCAAAUACGCCGGAUUCACCUCGGCCGAGCUGAAAGAAGGUAGCAUCGAUUGGGAGCGCAAACGGACCGAACCUCGCCCAGACUCGCCCCGCUCACGCUCGCCCUCCCCCGCACCUCGCGCAGCAGGGGAAAUCGAAGACGAGCCGGAGAUCGAGUGGGAGGACGAGUUCGGUCGCACACGCAGGAGCAGGCUCAGCUCUGUCCCGCGUGAAUUCCUCCCCGCUGAAUACGGCGGUGACCUGGCCCUGGCCGCUUCGGACGAAGACCAGGACAACGCCAUCUACGGCCCCGCUACGAGCUUCCCCGUCUACAACCCAGAUCUUCAUCGAAGCAGAACCAUGCACGAAAAGCCGGUCGAGAAACACUUCGAUCCCGACUUCGACAGGCGCCAUCGCGGCGCUGGGUUCUACAGAUUCUCGGACAAGGAAACCGAACGACAGCUGCAGUUGGACCAGUUGGCCGAGUUGCGCAGAGAGACGGAGAGGCGGAGACAAGGCGUGCAUGGAGAGCGUCGAGAGGUGUAG